CAUGCGCUUUUAUGAGUACUGUCAGAUCCCAUGGAUAAAUAAACAAAUAAACAUUCUCUGUUUUAUUCUCUGUUUCGUUUAUUCUCUUUUUCUCAGUUCUCAACAUUGAGAUUUGAGAAACAAACUCCAAAUCUCAAUGUCAGACGCUACCAAAAUUAACGAAAAUCAGACAAGAAAUCGCACUCAGAGCAUGUUAGAUCCUGUUAUAUCUACUAGUAGUGACUGGUUUUGUUCAGAAACUGGGAUUUACAGCAGCAGACACAAACCAAUACAACUCCCCAAGACAAAACAUCUUGAUGUUGUUUCGUUUAUUUUCUCACAUAAACAUGAUGGGUUUACGGCAUUAAUUGAAUCUCAAUCUGGGUUUUCAUUGUCAUACUCAAAACUACAACAAUUGGUGAAAUCCAUGGCUUCUGGACUUCAUAAACAUGGAAUUAGUAAAGGUGAUGUUGUUUUGAUACUUUUACCAAAUACCCUUUUCUUUCCAAUUGUUUUCUUAAGUGUUUUGUCAAUAGGUGCUGUUGCUACUACUAUGAAUCCAUUGAGUAGUCUUAGUGAGAUCAAGAAACAGAUUUCUACAUGCAAUGUUGUUCUUGCUUUUACAUUGUUUGAUAAAAUGACUCAAUUGCAAAACUUAAUGGGUUUGGGAGUGGUUGUUGUUCCUUUGGAUUUUGAGUCAUUAAGAGUACCUGAGUAUUCCUUUUUUAAUCAACUUCUUUCUAGUGACUCGAGUUUGGCUCCGUGUCCGUGUAUUGAUCAGGACGAUACUGCAGCGAUUCUUUAUUCGUCUGGUACUUCGGGAAUGAGUAAAGGGGUGAUGUUAUCUCAUAAGAAUUUGAUUUCAGUAGUUGAGCUUUUUGUAAGAUUUGAAGCUUUACAAUAUGAGAGUAGACUGUGUAGUUGGAAGAAUGUGUAUUUGGCUGCUAUUCCCAUGUUUCAUGUUUAUGGGCUUUCAUUGUUCGUCAUGGGAUUGUUUUCGUUAGGUUGUUCAAUUGUUGUGAUGAGGAAAUUUGAUGUGAAAGAGAUGGCGAGAGCUAUUGAUUGUUAUAGGGUCACUCAUUUGCCGGUUGUUCCGCCAAUAUUGAUGGCAAUGACAAGAAUAAAGUCUCUUGGCAGUUGUGACUUGGAAAGUUUAAAACAAGUUUCGUGUGGAGCAGCUCCUUUAAGUCGUAAGACAAUACAGGAUUUUCUUCAGAGCUUUCCUCAUGUCGAUUUUUUUCAGGGCUAUGGUAUGACCGAGUCCACUGCUGUAGGAACCCGCGGUUUCAAUACUGAAUAUAUCCAAAAGUAUACUUCAGUGGGACUGUUGGCUCCAAAUAUGCAAGCUAAAGUUGUGCAUUGGGACACUGGUUCAUGUUUGUCCCCAGGAAAAAGUGGUGAACUUUGGCUACGUGGACCUGGCGUUAUGAAAGGAUACUUGAAAGACACCGUUGCAACAAAACUUACAGUUGAUGAAGAGGGUUGGCUGCACACAGGAGACAUUGCCUAUUUCGACCAGGAUUUUUACUUGUAUAUAUUGGAUCGUUUGAAAGACACAAUCAAGUACAAAGGAUUUCAGAUUGCUCCAGCUGACUUAGAAGCUGUGCUGGUAUCCCAUUCAGAGAUUCUUGAUGUUGCAGUUACGGCGUAUCAAGUUAAUGAAGAAGUAGGGGAAGUGCCAGUUGCAUUUGUUGUCAGAAGACUUGGAAGCGAACUUUCCGAAGACGAUGUAAUCAAUUUUGUAGCUGCUCAGGUUUCACCAUACAAGAAGGUAAGGAAGGUGGUAUUUAUAGACUCAAUUCCGAGGUCCCCGGCAGGCAAGGUCCUUAGAAGGCUUCUGAAGGAUGCCUCCAAGAUCAGCAUAAGUUCUAAACUUUAGGUACCAUUGAUUGAAGAUCAGUCACUCAUUCACGGACGCAGAAGGCAAAGAAAUUUUUGAAAUUAAUACACACAAAUGGGGUUAACCCUGACUUACCACAUGGUUACGAAUUCCCUAACCAUAGAAACGCCAUGGUCAUUCAUUAACUCUAAAAUCCCAUCAUUGGAUUUAAACUCUCAAUUUUUUUACGUUGAUCAACUCUGUUACAACCACUUGUAACAAGGCUGUAUGAAUUUUUAUUUUGAUGCACUCACGACAAAUGCACUGAAAAAAUAGUUUGAUGU